UGGCAACGGGCGGCAAAAGCGGACGCAGCCGAAGUUCAUUUACAACAUUCAGAAACAUCAGAAACGAAAUUCCUCAGAAAAUCGCGCGGAGUGUAAGUUACGUCUGCGGCGAGAAGUGAAUGUCGAAGUCCUGAAUGAAAGCGGCUUAAAGUGCCACACACACACACACAGCAGUUGAAGCACAAUUAAAGAGUCGAUACAACAAUUUUUUGAAAGAAUGUUCGAAAUGUUUAACAAAUUAAAUUGUAAUGUGCCAUGUGGCUGCCAUAAGUAGGCAACAACAAUAAUAACAAAAACAACAAUAAUAUUACGCGGGUGAAUUGGUUAAAACAAAUAAAGCCACAAAAUGGCAACAAACGGUAAAGCGACAACAACAAAUAUUCAACGUAUUCAACGAAUGUGGCAGCAUCAUCUUGUGUUGUUGUUGUUGUGGCAGUGAGCAUAAAAUUGCAUUCGUUGUUAACAUUAAAAUGCCAUUUGAGUUGGCGGCGUUUCAGUGAGUUUCAGUGACCAGUGCUUCUCAAACUGUGCAGCGAGUCGGAUUAAUAUGUAUGCUGCGUAAACAGCAAUUGAAAAAGUGCAGCAGCUGCCACGCUGAGCCAUUAAAAACACCAACAACAACAACAACUACUUCGACAAAAACAACAACAAGAAUAAUAAAAAAAACCACAAACGAGCUGCGAACAAACAAACCACGCUCCAUCAGCAACAACAACAACAAUAGGCAUUAAGAAAAAUAAAUAACCGAAGAAGCGACAACAACAGCGAAUAUGACGACCAUUAAGCUGCUUAUUAUCGGUUGCUUGUGGCUUUUGAUGGCGCCGAGGGAUGGCGGGGCAGAUGAAUCGCUGGACACACGCGAAGGCGUCGAUCUGGUGCUCAAGUGCCGUUUCACCGAGCAUUAUGAUUCAACUGACUUCACCUUCUACUGGGCCCGAUGGACCUGCUGCCCCACAUUGUUCGAGAACGUGGCCAUUGGCGAUGUGCAGCUCAACUCGAAUUAUCGACUUGACUUUCGGCCUGGUCGCGGCGUUUACGAUCUGCAAAUUAAGAACACCUCGUACAAUCGAGACAAUGGACGAUUCGAGUGUCGCAUCAAGGCCAAAGGCACCGGCGCCGAUGUGCAUCAGGAGUUUUACAAUGUGACCGUGCUAACGGCACCACAUCCGCCGAUGGUAACACCCGGCAACAUUGCGGUCGCCACCGAGGAGAAACCACUUGAGCUCACCUGCAGCAGCAUUGGCGGCUCACCGGAUCCUAUGAUAACCUGGUAUCGUGAGGGCAGCAAUGUGCCGUUGCAAUCAUAUGCACUAAAGGGCGGCUCAAAGAACCACUACACGAAUGCCACACUGCAGAUACUGCCCAGAAGGGCCGAUGAUGGUGCCAAGUAUAAAUGCGUCGUUUGGAAUCGAGCCAUGCCCGAGGGCCAUUCACUGGAGACCAGCGUGGCUCUCAACGUCAACUAUUAUCCCCGCGUCGAGGUGGGACCACAGAACCCACUGCGCAUCGAACGCGAUCACAUUGCCAAGCUGGAUUGCCGCAUCGAUGCGAAGCCAAUGGUGUCGAAUGUCCGCUGGUCACGCAACGGCCAAUAUGUGAGUGCCACCCCCAGUCAUACGAUCUAUCGUGUGAGUCGCCAUCAUGCCGGCAAAUACACCUGCAGUGCGGACAAUGGACUCGGCAAAACGGGCGAGAAGGAUAUAAUACUCGAUGUGCUUUACCCACCCAUCGUUACCAUCGAGUCGAAAACCCACGAGGCCGAGGAAGGUGAGACGGUGUUGGUGCGUUGCAAUGUCACCGCCAAUCCGCCGCCCAUCAACAUCGAGUGGCUGAAGGAAGGUGCUCCCGAUUUCCGUUACACCGGCGAGCUGCUCUCUCUGGUCUCGGUGCGUGCCGAGCACGCUGGCAACUACAUCUGUCGCUCGGUGAAUGUGAUGCAACCCUACAACUCCAAGCGCAUCGAGGGUGUGGGCAACUCCACGGUGGCCCUACUAGUGCGACAUCGUCCAGGCCAGGCGUACAUCUCCCCAAACAAACCGGUUGUACACGUAGGCAAUGGGGUAACGCUCAGCUGUUCGGCCAAUCCACCGGGCUGGCCAGUGCCGCAGUAUCGCUGGUUUCGCGACAUGGACGGCGAGAUGAGCAACACGCAAAAGAUACUGGCACAGGGGCCGCAAUACUCCAUACCCAAGGCGCAUUUGGGCAGCGAGGGUCGCUAUCAUUGUCACGCGGUCAAUGAGCUGGGCAUUGGCAAAAUGGCCACCAUAGUGCUGGAGGUGCAUCAGCCUCCGCAGUUCAUCGCCAAGCUGCAGCAGCAUGUGACGCGACGCGUUGGCGAUGUGGACUAUGCGGUCACGUGCAGCGCCAAGGCGAAGCCAACGCCACAGAUACGUUGGAUUAAAGAUGGCACCGAAAUACUGCCCACACGCAAGCUAUACGAGAUUAGGACAACGCCUAGUGAGGCAGCUGGCGGUGUUGUUACGGUGCAAAGUAUUUUACGUUUUCGCGGCAAGGCACGACCCAACGGCAAUCAACUGUUGCCGGGAGAUCGAGGCCUCUUCACUUGUCUUUACGAGAACGAUGUAAACUCGGCAAACUCAUCGAUGCAUCUGCGCAUCGAGCAUGAACCCAUUGUCCUGCAUCAGUACAAUAAGGUGGCCUACGAUGUGCGUGAAUCCGCUGAGGUGGUAUGCAAGGUGCAAGCCUAUCCCAAGCCGGAAUUUCAAUGGCAAUUCGGCAACAAUCCCUCGCCGCUCACAAUGUCCUCUGAUGGACACUAUGAGAUUAGCACACGCAUGGACAAUAAUGACAUUUAUAUCUCCAUAUUAAGAAUAGCACACUUGCAGCACUCAGACUACGGGGAGUACACGUGUCGUGCCGUCAAUCCACUCGACACCAUACGCACUCAGAUACGUCUGCAGCCGAAGGGACCGCCAGAGAAACCCACCGGAUUGAAAGUCAUCGAAGUGGCUCACAAUUAUGCUGUACUUAGCUGGCAACCGGGUUUCAACGGCGGUCUAAUGAGCACCAAAUAUUCGGUGAGCUAUCGACGGGUGGCCACGCCCAGGGAACAAUUGCUCUCGGAUUGCUCGGGACAUGCCUUUGCUCCUAGCUAUCAGGUGGUUAGUAGCUCAUCGCAGGUGGGCGCCCAUGAAUGGAUCGAAUUCAAUUGUUUCCGCGAGAAUCCCUGCAAGCUGGCGCCAUUGGAUCAACAUCAGAGCUAUAUGUUCCGAGUAUAUGCAUUGAACUCGAAAGGCAAUUCGGGUUAUUCCAAUGAGAUUUUGGCCACCACAAAAGUAAGCAAAAUACCACCACCUUUGCAUGUGAGCUACGAUCCCAAUUCCCAUGUGCUGGGCAUCAAUGUCGCGGCCACUUGUCUCUCGCUGAUUGCUGUUGUCGAAUCGUUGGUUGCUCGCGAUGCCACCGUGCCAAUGUGGGAGAUUGUCGAGACACUGACGCUGCUGCCCUCGGGCAGUGAGGCCACCUUCAAGGAGGCUGUCAUCAAUCAGAUGGCACGCACCGCUCACUAUACGACCGCCAGCAGUUCGGGACGCAACUUAAACCCAUCCACGCAUGGACAACUGGGUGAGGAUCGCACCAUGGCACUGGCAGAAACUGCAGGACCGGGGCCAGUUGUGCGUGUGAAACUGUGUUUGCUGGCCAAUCAUGAACACUGCGGCGCCUACGCGAAUGCUGAAAUUGGCAAAUCGUACAUGAAACACAGCUCGGGGAUAGCCACAUCGGCCGUGGUUGCCAUCAUCAUAGCGGGCAUCUCGUUUGUGCUACUGCUGCUGCUGCUCUACGCAUUCUGUCGCUGCCGGCGCACGCAUGCGGCCAAGAAGCAAGCAGCAGCGGCUGCCACAAACACAACAAGCAAUGCCAAUGGCAAUGGCAACAGCAACAGCAACAGUAGUAGCAAGGAGUACGAUGUGGAUGCCUCCUUGGUGGGCACAACAACAGUAACAUCGGCAACGGCAGCGGGAACGGGAAUGGGAACGACAACGACGGAUAACAACGCAUCAUCGACACUUGCCCCACCGCCGCCACCGCCAUACUAUCCCACGGGUAGUUUGGAUAGCAAACAGUUGGAUGGGGGCAUGGAAUUAACACUGACAGCGUUGCACGAUCCCGACGAGCAACUAAACAUGCAACAAGGCGAAUUGCUGCACACGUAUCCAAAGCAGACGACGCAACCCGGCGGCGGCAGCAGCCUCUAUGGUGGUCACCACCAAUCGCAUUCGAAUGGCUACGGAUACCAUGUGACAAGUGGCAUUGGCAUCGAUAGCGACAGCUAUCAAGUGCUGCCCUCCAGUGCCGGACAUCAUGGCGAGUGGUCGAACAAUGGGCAGGAAAAUAACUAUAGCAAUGCACGCGAUCUGUCACAGGAGGCGCUCUGGCGUCUGCAGCAGUUGCAACACCAACAGCAGCAAAUCUAUGUGGAACAGCGACCGCCAUCCGCAUUCAGUGGCCUGGUGGAUUACGCCGGUUAUCCCAUGGCUGCUGCUGCUGUGCCACCCACGCACAUAACCACAGUGACCAGUUCGCUGAGUCAACAGAGCUUUGGACAACAACAACAACAGCAAAGAGAGUUGACAGCAUCACAGCAGCAACAGCAACCGUUGGCGCCGCAUGAGAUGCUGCAGGCAGCGCAACGCUAUGGAACAUUGAGAAAGUCGAAGCAACCACCGCUGCCACCACAACGCAAGGAUCAACAGCAACAGCAGCAACAGCAACAACAGCAACAUCAACAACAUCAACAGCAGCUGGCGGACAUAAUACAGGAUUUAGCAAAUUAAACUAAUUGCCAGUGAAGAGACAUUACAACAACAGCAACAAAACAACAAAAUGAACAACACAAAAACGUUUAACAAACACGUUUUGACAUUAGCAUUAAGUAAGUAAAUUGAGCCGAAAACACACACACACAGAGAUGAAUUGCAGCAAUUAAAAUGCAAUUAAUGUGUCAUAAAAAUGUACUAGAAAUCGCAAAUACAGCAAAUUCUAUUAGGUGUCUUCUAACUAACAGAAAAGAGUGUUCGAUUUACGUGUAGAAUUAUUGCAAAUUUCGACCAAAAACCCAAUUAAGCAAAAUCCAAAUCUUUAGAUUUACUCGUAGAACACUAAGCACUGCAGUCAAAACAGGCAUUUAAUGUAUAAAUUAUGCAAAAAAUAUUCUACGAAAAAAGACAAAAAACGAAAACUAAAAACCACAGCGAAAAACCAAAGAUAAAAACGCACUUUAAUUAAGAAAUUAAUUGUAAAAUAUACAGAGUGAGUUGAGCUAAGAUCAUU